CGGCGGCCGCGGGCGGGGCGGCGGCGGCGCGGGAAGAGCGGAGACGGGCCGCGCUGAGGUGACACCGAGGCGGGCGGGAAAGCUGCUGAGCCAGGAGCCAUGCACACGUCCCGGCUCUUCACCCUCGUCCUGGUGGUGCAGCCGUCCCGCGUCCUCCUGGGCAUGAAGAAGCGCGGCUUCGGCGCCGGGCUGUGGAACGGCUUCGGGGGGAAGGUGCAGCCCGGGGAGAGCAUCGAGGAGGCUGCCCGCAGGGAGCUCCUGGAGGAGAGUGGACUGACUGUGGACACCUUGCAGAAGAUGGGUCGGAUCACGUUUGAAUUUGUAGGCAACUCUGAACUCAUGGACGUUCACAUUUUCCGGGCAGAUCACUUUCAUGGAGAGCCUACAGAAAGUGAGGAAAUGCGGCCCCAGUGGUUUCAGCUGGACGAGGUGCCCUUCCAUCGCAUGUGGCCCGAUGACAGCUACUGGUUUCCCCUGGUGCUUCAGAGAAAGUUGUUUCGUGGCUAUUUUAAGUUCCAGGGACAAGACACCAUCCUGGAGCACAGCCUGAAAGAAGUGGAGGAAGUUUAAGAAAGCAGAAGCAUUCAGCCCACAUUGGGCUACAGCAUCCUUGUGACUUAUGAAGGUCUCCUUGCUCAGCUCUCCAGAAAACAACACUUAUUUUCCAGGUUGCUGCAAAGUAAGGAAAGUAAGGGGUUUUCUUAGAGCAGAAAUAAAAGUAGCAAGACUUUCCAUGCUGUGAAGUCCCUGGUUGUGGUAGGCUUUGGUGGUUAUGUGAUCACAGCUAUUAAAAACUUAAGUGUUAACCCUUUUUAGUGGCUUAAGCUUUUCCCUUAUGGGUGUAUUUUUUUUUUUAUUAUUAUUAAAAAUAAUUUUUUAGUAAAAGCA